AUGCUCCGUCGAAAUAGUUCUAGUCGACCUAGUCGAAGCAAAUCAACAUUGUCAACCUAUCCAAAACACGAUUUUGUCGACCCUGAAGAGUCUCGUAUGCAUGCUCAUGCUGCAGCAAUGCAUGCUUUCAAUAGGGCCCGAGAAAGGAAUGGUACCAGUUCUGGAAACAAGAACGGACUUUCACGAAGCAAUACUACAAGUCAAGAAAAUCGAUGGCGAUCGAGUCAACAAAAUAGUUCUACAAGUCUUGAUAACCCAGGGCUCAAACGUCAGCAGAGUGUUCGGUUUGCAGGUCCAAAUGCAGUAAAGAGACGCCAAUCAGCGGGAAAAAGAACGGAUCCCCCAGGACUGAACCAGAAACUAAGUACUGCUACUUUGAGACCUAUUGUGAUGACCACAAAUACUCCAGUCCCAGCAGCGUAUCGUCCACCAAGCCGUUCUUCAUCAAUUGGCAAAGCUUCACUUAGUAAAUCAGCCGUUCGGGACUACUCUGCUCAUAAUUACGUUACCAACUUGGAUUUCGACGAAUACUAUACACAAGAGAAUGAUGUAGCCUCGACACCAUCUUCAUAUCGCCGAAUCAGAAAGUCAAAGUCUAUGUUUAGCCCCUUGUCGGCGCCAACCAACGUCUUCUAUAGCAAUGGUAGCCCUGACCGCACCAAUUGUUCAUCCACUCCGCGGACUCUAGAGAGCAAUGCUCUAUUGCGAGCUCCAAAGUCAAUGAGCUUCCUCCGAGGGGGGCGAGACUACUUCAAAUCUACAUCGUCUUGCGAAAGAAAUGACGAUGCCGUCCAAAUGGCCAGGGAUAGAUUCUUUGUUCAAGCCACUCAACAAAGACUUCGGGAGCAGCCAUCUUUCCUUUUCAGGUCGAAGGCGCAACGGCAGGAAAGGCCUUUUCGAAAGUCGGUUCGAAGUAGCAGUGGAAAGUCUGCAGCGACCUACAAUUCGGCCGAAUCUAUAAGAGAGGGUGGUCUAAGAGCCAAAGCUCGCAAGGUGUCCCAAGGAUUAAAAAGCAAACUCCGGAGAGUAUUUGGCCGCAGCAAAGAAGAGCCCGUCGCUAUCCCCAAUCAACAGGUUGACGCCAUUGAGACUCACGUCCGAGCAUACGGUGGGCAAUUAUCAUCAGAUCAUGAGUCAUUCGAUGAUAUUCCUAGACCCGACGAGGCCGCAUUUUCUCAUGUGGCAGCUAGAGUCCCAUCAUUACGUGCUAUUGCCUCAAGUCAAAGACUUAGGUCACAAAGUGGUAGUAUUCGUAGCCUACGAAGUGAUCAUAGUGAUGAAAAGUCCAGAGUAACAAGCUGGACCAAUAGUACAGCUAACAAUACCGUCACCAGUCAAGGGCUGCGUCCUCCGCCUAGCAGAGAUCAAAGACUUUCUAUCAUCAAUGAAUCAGGUACACAUAUCUCUAAAGCAACAUUCCAUCGCCCAAAUGUAAAGAAUCAACAUCCGGCUUACCCAGCAUUUCAUCGCCCUGGCCAUGUCCAAUCAAUUCGACCAGGAGGUGUAGAUAGUGCCAGACUUUGCUCUGCUUUGAUGAAGCGUCUCGACGAGAAUAGCCCAGAAGCAAUACUCGCAAAGUCAAAGAAAGCCAGUACUGAUACUCUCGGACUUGAGAAAGUACCCAGACGAAGUAGCUCCUUUACCGAUCCUCUUUCACAGCCCAAGCCAUGGAUUCGACAGGUCCCCCCUGAUUGUGACUCAAGCAAUCAGAGCCAAAAUCAACUUCCUGAAUUAUACCAUUCGAACAAUGCUGACCCAAUACCCACCACGAGCGGCGAAGAACUAUUUGGUCAGGCAAUUGGCUCUGAGCAUCAAUUUAACUCGGCAGAUUUACCAUUAUGUAAUACACAACCUCAAAAUCAAGACGAUGUGUUUUCCUCACACCUAGGAUCUAGUCGUGGUAACUCCUUCCACCAAGUUAACUCAUUUCAUCAAGACAACUCAUUUCAUCAACGUGUUCACCUGCGUAAUUCGAAGUCUGUACACAGACGUCACUUAUCCGAUAUUGAUGCCGCAUACGACCCUGUACAAGACCCUUCAGGGCUCACUCCACAGCAAGUCGCACAGCGGGACGAUCCUAUAGUUCCAAAACCAAAAGUCAUCCGCGAGGCAAGUCCGUAUCGUCGUGCUUUAGCAGAAAGCGAUAAUUCUGCUGUUUACAACGGAGUGAGCAUGGCACCGGUGAAUGAUGAUGUUUAUAGCGAGAGUGUUUAUUCUAGAAGUAUUGGCCGUAAUCUUUCUGAGGCUAUGAGUAGUGAUACAUCGGUACCACUCGCAAAUGUCCGGAUGCCGUCAUUGCCUGUCGAUAGCUCAACCCCCAAUGGUGGCGGUGGUGGUGGUGGUGCUGUGAAAAUUCCGGUGGUUCGAUUGAAUGGCAAAAAUGGAUGUCGUCUGAAGUGGCAAAGUUGGAAAAGACCACCCGGAAAUGAUCGAGUGAGCGUUAGCAACAUCGAACGAUCACUGUCACCCACGCCUACGAUGUCGAACUCCCUUCACAUUGCGCACAGAAGAGAAAAGGCCCAGAUGGCUGAUGAUGAUACGGAUAUCGCUCAGAAAAAACUUUCUGUUGGUAAACAACCGCUUGGUCUCAUUCAACAGAAUCUUAAUGCUCAAGUUCUUCUGAAGCCGAUCCUGAAAAAUCGCUCAACGACAUCUUUGGCUGAGAAUGGUUUCAUCGACAACACAAAACCAUGCGUCGUUCCUCCUGCACCACUACUUCCACCCCCGCUUCCUAUUAGAUCGGCAUUAAGACCAGCACAAAGCAAGUCGAGUCUGAAAAGUACCUCGAACUUCCAACAUGUACCAGCAACCCCAAAUUCCGUCACCCACGCCCAGAAUCCAAACACAAAGGCUCGCAACGUCUUGCACAAACGUCUCUCAUCUACAACCCUCAGAAGCGCACCAACAACACCCGAUCAUGGUGUAGAAAAACAGACUCAGAGUACGCGCAAUGUACUCCACAAACGAAACAUCUCGGAUGCCGCGAUGAAAAGCAGUAAGAGUAUUAGAAGCGUGAAGAGUUUCGAUACGAGUGUAAGUCAAAAUUAUAGCUUUACAACGAGCCCGGCGAAAUUGGUCAAGAGGAGUGGGAGACCGGUGUAUAACUUUACGCCGCAGAGUAGUCCGGGUACGGGUAUUGGGGCCGCGGUGGAGAGACAGUUUGGGAGCGCGAAUGCGAAGCCAAAUGCGAAUGCGAAUGGAAGUUUGCAUGGUACGGGAAGAUCGAGAGUGAGAGCUGGUGGGAGGGAGAAUGAAAGAGUUGGUGGUGUUGUAGGGGGUGUGGAUGAUGUUUAUGGGGUUGAAGGAAGUGGGGUGGUGGGUUCGAAUGGGUUGGGGGUGGAGCAGCAGCAGGUGGGUAGUAAGCAGAUGGUGGAUAUGUUUUUGAGUAGUAGACGGAAGAGAAUUGCUAGUGUGGGGACGAUGGCGGGGGGAAGUAUGGGGGAGGAUGAGGGUGGGGGGAGUGUUGGUGGAAUGGGUGAUGGUUCGGUGUUUCUUUAG